UAACAAGAAAAGGGGGAAAAGGAGGCAAAAACAGGUAGUUGGCCGGUUAUCCUUGGCUUUCAUGUCCAUCUUCAACGUCUUACCUUCGUAAACUCCGCCAACCUAAACACCCUCACAGUCUCUCUGCCCAUUUUCUCAAUUAAAAGAAGCUUCCAUUGCACACAUUGUAUGCACCAGCUACUCCACCAUUAUCGCCCUCUUAUCCUGCGCACUCUCUCCCUCUCGGUUUCUCUAGCCACCAUGAGCUCCUCUCUCGCCAUUUCCGUUCCUCUCACUGUUCCCCACUCCUCCAAGACCGCCAAUUCGUCAUCAUUUUUGGGUUUCAGGAAUGGAAUUCGAAGCUUUGGUGCUGGAAACCUUGCUCGAUCUAGGGUUUUCAUGAGCGCUUCGGUUGGAUCGCAGACUGUGGUUAAUGAUGCCUUGUUUUCUGAUUACAAACCUAGCCUUGCUUUCCUGUUCCCUGGUCAAGGUGCACAAGCAGUUGGAAUGGGAAAGGAGGCUCAAACUUUUCCUGUUGCUGCUGAUUUGUACAAGAAAGCAAAUGACAUUUUAGGGUUUGAUCUUCUAGAUGUUUGCAUCAAUGGACCAAAAGAGAAGCUAGAUUCAACUGUUAUAAGCCAGCCAGCUAUAUAUGUAACAAGUCUUGCUGCUGUAGAGUUACUUCGUGCACAAGAUGGAGGUCAGCAGAUCAUUGAUUCUGUCGAUGUGACGUGUGGUCUGAGCUUGGGAGAAUAUACUGCUCUAGCAUUUGCUGGUGCUUUUAGUUUUGAGGAUGGGCUCAAGCUUGUCAAACUACGGGGAGAAGCCAUGCAGGAAGCUGCUGAUGCUGCUAAAAGUGCGAUGGUUAGUGUCAUAGGAUUGGAUUCAGACAAGGUCCAACAGUUGUGUGAUGCAGCCAAUCAUGAAGUUGACAAUGAUAACAAAGUUCAGAUUGCAAAUUACCUAUGCACUGGAAAUUAUGCUGUAUCUGGAGGUUUAAAGGGAGUGGAAGCAGUAGAAGCCAAGGCAAAAUCAUUUAAAGCUCGAAUGACGGUGCGUCUAGCUGUUGCUGGUGCUUUCCAUACUAGUUUUAUGGAACCAGCUGUAUCACGAUUGGAAGCUGCAUUGGCAGCAACUCAGAUUAAAACACCAAGAAUACCAGUUAUCUCCAAUGUGGAUGCACUGCCACAUGCAGAUCCUGACACAAUUAGGAAGAUCCUUGCACGUCAGGUGACUUCUCCUGUUCAAUGGGAAACAACAAUCAACACUCUUCUAUCCAAGGGGCUGAAAAAGAGCUACGAAUUGGGACCGGGAAAGGUUAUAGCUGGCAUUGUUAAGAGAAUUAACAGAGGUGCAGAUAUUGAGAAUGUUGGUGCUUGAGAGAUAAUUUUUUCAAUGGCAUACCAAUCAAUCUCCAUGGCUAGAAUCUCGAAGUGUCGGCAGAUUAUUAUAAUGGGCGGAGAAUCCUUGUUUUGACCAAAUCACGAUAGACAUUUUUGGGUAGUUAGCAUAGUUUUAAAGAAUUUUUCAGUGGUUUAAUAAAGUUAAACAAACAUAAAUUCGAAAAUAAGACUAUCCAGGGAUUGAUGUAGUGUACCAAUUGGUUAUAACGUUGUUUUCUUUUUUUUGUUGUA